AUGAGACAUGACAUACCUGCGCAAUACGACGUACCCCACCAAUAUGCCGUACUCUAACAGUACAUCCCCCAGCAACCUGACAAAGUCCAACAGUACAAUUGAUGACUUCAGCUUUUACUAUAGCCUACCUGACAACACAUUCCAAGCCUGCAACCUUAACAGUGUAAGGGACUUCAGCCGAGUCUUCCUUCCUACCCUCUACAGCAUUGUCUUCAUUGUGGGAUUCAUUGGCAAUGGCCUGGUGCUCUGUGUCCUGAUCAAGUACCACCGAAGGUCAAAUAUGACAGAUGUGUGCCUCUUUAACCUUGCACUUUCAGACCUCUUCUUUCUUAUCUCAUUGCCUUUCUGGGCCCACUAUGCCACCAUUACUGAUUGGAUCUUUGGGGGCUUCAUGUGUCAUGUAGUGACAGCACUCUACAUGCUGGGAUUCUAUGGAAGUAUCUUCUUCAUGAUCCUCAUGACCUUGGACCGCUAUGCAGUCAUUGUCCAUGCCCAUACUUCCCUCUUCUCCAAGCACCGGUCUGUCAAAACUGGUAUAGUGCUGACUUUGUUUAUGUGGGCACUUAGCUUGGGAGCCUCUCUGCCAACCAUCAUUUUCUCACAAGUAAAGAAUGAAUCAUUUGUAUGUACAUGCAGGGUGAAAUAUCCAGAAGGGACAGCAUGGAAGCCAUUCUUUUACAUUGAGCUGAACAUCCUCGGCUUGAUUAUUCCUCUCUCAGUGAUGGUGUUCUGCUACUCACGCAUCAUCCCCAUCUUAAUGGCCAUGAAGUCUCAGAAGAAACACAAAGCUGUCAGGCUCAUACUGGUCUUGAUCAUUGUUUUCUUUUUAUUCUGGACACCCUACAACAUCACCAUCUUCCUGCAGUUCCUGCAUACAUUGCAAUACUUGAACACCUGUAAGUGGCAACAGGACCUGCACAUGGCUAUGCAGUGGGUGGAAACCAUCGCGUUCAGUCACUGCUGCCUCAACCCCAUCAUCUAUGCCUUUGUGGGGCAGAAAUUCAGGAAUUUAGUUCUCCAGAUUCUGAAAGAGUGGUUUCCUGUUUGCUUUGGUCGGUGCACAACAAUCAUCAGUGAGUUCUCAGAAAGGAGGAGCUCUAUGUACUCACGUUCCUCAGAGAUAUCCACCACAAAGAUUAUGUAACCACCGGAUGCUGAUGCCAAAGGGGAUUUAUCAGAGGAAAUCAAAAAGCUGCAAAUUUGCAAAGCACAGAAUUACCACUGCAGUUGAUUUUCUUAAAAAAAAAAAGUCAUUGCUUUUCCAAUUUUGUUUUUUUUUUCCUUCUUAGUUUUUUGGCCAUUAAAAUAGUUUUAGUGGAUUUAUUUUAUUGUUUAGUUAUGCACAGCUUAUGUUUUUUGUUUUUUUUUGUUUUUUUUUUUACAUUUGCAGAUCAAUUUCAAACUAAUCCUGCAUG